AUGGACUUCCUAACUCUAUAUGAGAGAGGGUCUGGUCAAAAGAUGAAUAAGGCAAAGAGUUUUUUUGCAGUCUCUGCUAAGUGCUCCAGGGUUAAAGUAAGGUCAAUAUCGUCAUUUGCCGGUAUGGCUAGCAAGCAUCCUCCAAUUGACUACUUGGGCUACAAACUUGUCAAAGGGAGAGUAAAAUCGACACAAUUCCAGCCUUUGAUUGACAAGCUCAACAAACGUCUCGCUAGAUGGAAGGGAAAGCUCUUAACUAUUGGCGGGAGGAUGAUUUUAAUUAAGCAUGUGCUGGUAGCCAUACCAUUGCACAAUUUACUAACCCAGGAACCCCCGAAGCAGGUUCUGCAUAGGCUGCUGAACAAUGCUCUCUCGCUGGCAAAAAUUCUCGAAUGCCUGGGCUUUAAUAUGCCCUCGAAAUAUCCCUUUUGCUCAAGCAGUGAAAUGGUGGACCAUCUCUUCUCCGCCUAUUCCCUUGCUGAGGGUAUCUGGAAGGCAUGGAACCUCCAAGUCUUUGAAGGUGUGGUACUCCCAUCCUCCCACUUCUGUCGCCGGAUUCUUACUGAAAUUCAAGCGGUCUUGAUUGCGUGGCCUCUGACCCGCAGUCAGGAAUCUGAUGUGAGGCUCCUUGCUGCAGGGGCUCCACCGCACGCUCUUCUUAAAUUAAACGUCAACGGAUCUUCACUCGGGAAUCCUGGACCAUCAAGUGGAGGUGGAAUACUCUGGGAUCACUUCGACUAUGUGAAAGCUACUACGUUUUCUACAUUUUACAGCUCCUGUGCCAAUUUGGAGGCUGAGGCAUGGGCUUUACUCGAGGCAUUACAGGAGAAAGUGAAAAGCCUCUGCAAGACUAUGGAGAAGAAGCAUCUCUCUUCCAUUGUCAACGAUGUCAUUCUUCGCUGUGCCCAAGAGCUGGACACUUCAGUUGAUGCAUUGAUAAAAGAAUUUGAGUCAGGAUUGGAUCCAAUAUUGCAUGGAUAUUCAAGGAAACUGGUGGAGUAUUGCUGCUCAAAAGCGCUUAAAAACUUGUGCAAUAGUAUGCAUGAAAGAGUUAGUGAUGGCUCCUUUAGUCGGUUCACAUUUGAUAUGAUGCUUGCUUGGGAGAUGCCAAACUCAACCGAUGAAGAGUCAUACAUGGAGUGUGUGGCCAAAGAAAGACAGGACAGGAAAGUGUAUGCAAAAACUAAUCCAGAACAAGAUGAAACAUCCCUUUUCUAUUCAGAUAUUAUGCCACUUCUUGUUGAUCACACAGCAAGUGCUGGUGAAGAUGCCUUUGUGUGGCUUGCAGCACUUGUUCCUCUUGUCGCUGAUGUUGUAAAUGCGAGAUUUACCUUUGAGACUCUUACUGCCUCUACAGGAUAUGAACUUCAUUUUCCUGCUUAUGAUAAAUUCAUAAAAGAAAUUGACAAAUGCAUAAAGCACUUGCAAAAUCAAGCAACACCAGUAGGCGUGGAGCUGGCAGACGAUGAGUUUAUAUUGCAUGUUGAGGGAACUGCAAGCACACACAGAGUAGUGCGCCACAUUGGAGGCACAAGUUGGCCUGGGAGGCUGAUGCUGACAAACUAUGCCCUCUACUUUGAGGCAUCUGGAGUCAUGACUUAUGAAGAUGCACUUAAAAUUGAUCUUUCCAAGAACAUGAAUCAAAGCAUAAAACCAACAGCCACUGGUCCAUGGGGUGCUCCUCUGUUUGACAAGGCUAUAUUAUAUGAGUCCUCAGAGUUGGAAGAGAGCAUAAUCCUAGAGUUUCCAGAGAUGACAAGCUCAACUAGACGUGAUCAUUGGCUUGCCCUAGUGAAGGAGGUUAUGUCAUUGCAUCACUUUCUGCAGAAGUUCAAUGUGGAAUCAUAUGUAGAAGCAUGGGAGAUGCAUGCAAGGAGCAUAUUGGGGAUUAUAAGGCUCCAUGCUGCGAGAGAAUUGCUUAGAAUGUCACCACCAAUUCCCAAAAACUUCUUAAUCUUUACCUUGUGCGAGGAAUUGCCAAAGGGAGAUUAUGUCCUACAAGAGCUUGCUGCAAGUCUGAAGAAGUUAAAUACUGAGCAUCCAUGCAGUGGUAGCACUAUCCUUAGGAACUUGAAUGUAUCCCAACCAUGUGUUCCUUGUCCGGACAUGAACGAAAUAAGUGAAACUGUGCAAACUGAAAAACUAUCCUCGUUGGAGAGCACUAUAAAUCAAGCAAGAGAGGAAGCAAGAGAUAUGGACAUGGCCAGAGCAACUGUAGAGGAAUUGAAAGAGGAAGGGGUCAGCUCUACUGCUCAGGUUCUUCUGGGACUUCUCACGCCACUUAAAAAGAUGCUCCCUUGGUUUCAAGGGAUCGUUACAUGGGAAAGACCUGCAGCUAACAUUGUUCUCAUUGUCUUGGUGGUACUAGUAAUUUACAAAGAGUGGGUAGGAAAGGCACUAGCAGCAUUCUUAUUGUGGAUGGUGGCCGGUAUGUUCUUAAUAAGGCAUCGGAGGAGGAUUCCAAGCAACUAUGAGAAAAUUGUGAUUUGCACUGCAUCUGACCAAUCCACAAUGGAAAACAUUGUAUCAGCACAACAGGGACUGCGAACUGUACAUGAGGUGAUGCAGCAGAUGAAUAUAGCAAUUCUAAAGCUUUACACAAUACUAACUGCAAGAUCUCCUAAGCACACGGAUAUGGUGAUGAUAGUAUUAGCCGGAACCGCCAUUGUACUUGCAGUGCUUCCCUUCAAAUAUAUCCUUAUCACUUUGACAAUCUACAGCUUCUUAAUCAGCUCAAAGCUGACAAAGCAUAUACAAAGUGAUCAAGGUAAUCGAAGACUAAAGGAAUGGUGGGAAUCUAUUCCAGUUCCCCCAGUUGAAGUUACAGACAAAGCUACAGAAUGUUCAACAUGAUAUGGGAAGGUGAAUAAUCAGUUGGUGACCAUUGCUCUUCAGCUUUCCUAAUCAAGAUUGCGACUGAACAAGCAGCAAAUUUGAUGAGGCUGUAAAUAUGCUGAAUAAAAUCUCUCUCUCUCUCUCUCUCUCUCUCUCUCUGUGCAAGUGCUAAUGUAGCAUUCAUCCUGUAGUCCCAGUGGUUCUGAGAUUGGGCGGGUAGGGGGAAAGGAUGUCUCUAAUUCUUCCCAAAACCGAGUAGGUGUUACAUUAUUCUAGUGCAUUCUGUUUGGAGGAAAGUAAUAGCAGCAAAUGCUUUAGUAUAGCAACCACAACUCUGCCAAUGAUCACUCGAAAUAUUAAAUAGUUGUAAUGCUGUUCACAAGAAUUAUUGAUCGUUGUAAUACCAAAAGCAAAACGCUUGAUAACUGUUGCCUAAACUACCAGCAAAAUUUGCCUAAGCCAAAAUAUUUCCCAUCAAUUUCAUUUACUCUAAGGUAUAGUUGAGCAAUCAAUUGAUUCUUUAUGUUUUGAACAUAGACAGGGCAUUAACCACAUGAUAAAAAGCAGCUUAGAACCAUGUAAAUCAGCUUAUAGGCGAAGAUUAAUAGGGCUGUCAAUUCAAGCUGCCGGCAGUGACCAGUUUGGCCAAAGGUCAACUCUAGUUCAAUGGUCUAAUACAUUGAGCUUACGGCUGAUUUGAAUACAUCGAGCUAGAGCUAAUCUCGGAUACGUCGAGCUAAAGCUAAUCCUGAAUGCCUGUAUUCGGCUCCAGAGCUCAUUGACCUCU